AGAGUUGACAAGUGGCAACCCCAACGCCAUCAAAACGCUCGCAGCCCUGGUAUUCUCACAAAAGCAUUAUUUCAUCGCGUCGCAGAAAAAAAUGUGCUUGUGUUAUUAAUUUGGAAGGAAAAACCAAAUAUAAACAUUAUAAAGUGAUUUGAAACGUGUACUAUCAGUGUCCUAAUUAAUGUUUACGGUGAUUGGGCGGAAAGGCGCGCAACCGGAGAGCUGAUGAAAUACCACCAAAAAUCCCAACCAACAAAUUUAAAGCCACACACACAAAAUCGCCUAAUUUACGAUACGAAACACUUUUCUGGAAAAUCGAAAAACGCUAAAAACGCCGAAACAUAUGGAGGGAUUCGAAGUCAAACAGAAGAUGGAAUCUCUGGAGGACCAUGGCAUGGACCUUACCAAGGUGUCCGUGGUGCGGUCCGCCAAGGGCGUUGACAUGCUCUGCGUGGACGACUAUCUGUACCACUUCGAUCGCAUCGGCAAAGACAAAACAUACCGAUGGCUAUGCAACCGGCGAAAAGACCGAUCCACUCCCUGCAAAUCCCGAAUAUGCACCAUUCUUCCCAAUCCCAUGAAUAAGCAGGAUCACGUAGUGGUGGAAGUGAUUCUACCACACAUCCAUCCACGUUGCAGCGACCACGAAGUCAACAAGGUGGCCCAACGCAAGCGGCUAUCUGUUAUGAAAAUGGACGACGCCUACAGCACCACCCAGCCAAAACGGGCGCGACUGUACGAGCGGGCCAACAAGGGCAUGAAUCCGCCGGAGUGGAUCCAGGGCGGGAUUGACAACGCCGCCCUGGAGGCCUCAUUCCAGCUGGACUUUGAGGAUAAAGAACGUAUUUUCAUGCUGAGACGACGAGAUGGUCGCGUGAUGGUGUGCAUCGACGGCCACUUGUACUAUUUGGACGGAAAGUCCUACAGAGGCGACGUAUAUCGAUGGACGUGCGUUCGGAAGCGGGACAUAGAGUGCACAGCCUACAUCUGCACGGAAGCGACGCUGACAGGAUCCCAUCGGCUGCACGCCUUGGAAACAGAUGCCCACAUCCACCCGCACUACUCCGCCACCAAGCUGAUGCACAUGUUCGCCAAGCACCAGAUUGUCUUGGUGGAGGAUGAGCAGACAGCCGAAGUGUUAUCCGAGUGCCCCAAUCUGGAGUACUUUGAUCCCGAAAACUCCUAUGAUGUGGGACAGCGAUGCGAUGAUCUGGAAUCGAUCAUAAUCGAGGAAUGCGAGGAGAACUACGAUGUGUAUGUAGGAGCUGAGGGUACCCAGUCGGCCGAAGUCCAGGACAACCAGUUCAUGGAGAUGGUGUCCCAAGUGGAGGAGCAACCGAAGCAGGAGUCCAAGUGGCCGGCGGCUCUGCAAGUAAUUGCCAACUAUGAGGCGCCUCCCGGAUACAAUCCGCUUACGGAAACCGACUUGACCAAGUUCAGCUUCCUGCCUUCGGCAAAAGGACGGAAGGUGCUGUGCCUGAACAGACACCUGUACCAUUUCGACUCCCAGAGCAGGUCCAAUGGCCACAUGUUCUUCACGUGCAUCAACCGACGGGACAAAAUCAACACCUGCCACGUUCGCAUCACAUUGGAUCCGGUGGAGAACGGCCCUCUGGUGCUGCGCAUCAACGGGGAGCACACCCAUCUGCCGGACCUAAAGGAGAUCGUGCGUCGCCUCAAGCAACAGGCCAAGCUGGACAAUGACCUAAAGCAGGUCAAGACGGAUCACGAGGUGGAAGUGGCCUAUGAGAGCAACGAGGAUGCAACAAGUCAGACGGGAGACGCCUUCGAAGCGGACGCUAGCAUCGAUGGCAGCUAUGAACAAGUGGAGACGAGCAAUGUGGUGAUGAAGAAGGUCAUUGGCAUUGACGGAGCCAUUAAAAUGGAACCAGAAGCCAAAGCCAACAUGAUUGUUCAGUACAUGAAGGAUGGAUCCGACAACAUAAGUGCCAAAAUAGAGAUUCUACCAGACGCGCUGGUGGGGCUUAACACGUCGACGCCAUUGCCGAAGCCUCAGCCCGAGAUCACGAACAUCCGCAGGAAAAGGGAAGUGGUGGAGCCCGUUAAGGGCGCUCAACCAGAUAUGGAUCUGACCAAGAUCUGCACCCUGCGCUCGGCCAAGGGGCACGAGCUGCUCUGCGUCGAUGGCUACAUCUACCACGCCAAGAACCGGGGAGUCAUAUCGCGCAACUACUGGGUUUGCAUCAAGGGCCGCGAUCCGGAGAUCAACUGUAAGAGUCGGAUCUCGACCGCCACCCAAAAAGAUGGCUCCAUCCGCGUGUUGCGUGUCUACAACCACCACUGCCAUCCGUUCAGCGAGGACGACAUCAAGCGACGCCUCUUCAACGAGAUCAACAAGAAGAACAACAAGAAGCUUAAGUUCCGACCCCUACAUUUCAUUGGCAAGUCCCUGGAUCAAAUCAAGGAGGAGUACGGCGACUUGGCCAUCGAGCGGCUCAAUGUCUCCAACAUCAGCAACGAUAUUGUGGUGCACAAAAAGCCACGAGUCUCUGGGAGCCAGAACAGCAGUUCAGCCUCCACGAAGCUUGAAGCGCAAGAGGAGGAUGACGAUGUCAUAGAGAUGGAUGAGAUGGAGCCAGACGGCGAGGAGAUCCCUCUGGAGGAAGAUCAGCAGUACAUGGAAAUGGAGAACACAGAUGCCAUCAUUGAAGUCGUUGAGGAAUCGGCCGAUGAUAUAGAUGGCUACGGCUCAGUUGAACCCAUAUACACCAUGAAACUGUACGCCGUAUCCGAUGGACCGCCUUCCUUGGCCGUUCGCAUGACCCUCAAGGCCCUGAACAUCCAAUACCAGCUGAUCAACGUGGACUUUUGUGCCCUGGAGCACCGAACUGAGGAUUAUGCAAAGAUGAACCCACAAAAGGAAAUACCCGUGCUGGAUGACGAUGGAUUUUAUUUGUCGGAGAGUAUCGCCAUUAUGCAAUAUCUGUGCGAUAAAUAUGCACCGGAUUCGAGUCUCUACCCGCAGGAAGUUAACCAGCGAGCCCUGAUUAACCAGCGGCUGUGCUUUAACAUGGGCUUCUACUAUGCACCCAUCUCGGCCCAUAGCAUGGCGCCCAUCUUCUUCGACUACGAGCGUACGCCCAUGUCGCUGAAGAAGGUUCAGAACGCCCUCGAGGUGUUCGAAACGUAUUUGGAGAGAUUGGGAACCAAGUACGCUGCUGGCGACAACCUAACCAUUGCCGAUUUUGGACUUAUUUCGGCUACACUGUGCCUGGAGGCGAUCGAUUUCGAUCUGCAGCAGUAUCCAUCGGUUGCCAAGUGGUACAACACCUUCAAGGAGGAGUAUCCACAGUUGUGGGAAAUAGCCAACAGCGGAAUGCAGGAGAUCAGCGCGUUCGAGCAGAAUCCUCCGGACUUGUCCCAAAUGGAGCAUCCAUUUCACCCGACGCGCAAAACAAAAGCCUAAAUGCUUAGAACCUAAGACCUUUUUGGUUAGCAAAGUUGUACAAUUAUUUUCACUUUAAUUCUUGAAGUUAAUAUAUAAUAUUACAUUUAUAUAAUUUUAUAAACUAUUAUGCGCUGGACUCGAAAUUGUAAGCAUCGAUGAUUGAUCAGUUUUAGAGAAAUCAACGGAAUUUAUUGAGUAGCCGACUACUAAAAUAUACCUAUACAUCCUUAAUAUACACCAAAUGUUUCAAUUGAAAUUUGUAUCACGCUUUCCUUUAAAAUGUAUACAAUAAAACGCAAUAAUUAAGAACUCGGA